GUUUAUUCAGUUCAUAAUUUAACGAUUCAAACGCUUCGUCAUUUAUAAAUUGUACGAUUAUUUGCAAUUCAUUUGCCAGUACAGCGAUGUUGCGUUCCGAGUGAAGCAUCGCUGAUCGGGGACAAAAAGAAGCGUAAAUAAAGAUCCAAGUGUAUCUACGUAUCUGCGUCUCAGUGAAUCACUACGAGUGCUGGUGUUGUGCGCUAUAGAAAAAAAGUAGGAAGAAAUCUAGCAAAAUGUUUUCCAAGAAGAAAAAAAAGCCGCAAAUUUCAUUUCCGAGUAAUUUCGAGCACCGUGUCCACACGGGCUUUGACAAGCAGGAAGGUCGGUACGUGGGACUCCCGUUGCAAUGGGCGUCCAUUGUGGGCAAUAAUCAGAUACUAAAGUCAUCCAACCGUCCCCUGCCGCUGGUGGACCCGUCGGAAAUCACUCCUACCGAGAUUCUGGAUCUGAAGACCAUCGUGCGGCCGCAUGGACAGGGCGGCCCAGCUGGCGUCGUUCCCGGCCCUCCCGGAAACGGUGCACCAGGCGAGCCCGGUAAGCUCAUCCUGCCGAAAACAUCGAACGUUGCCCGGUCGAACUCCCUGCGAAGCUCCAGCCCGCCGCGGGUACGCCGAGGUGAUUUGCGUGCCAACACCAACGUGCCACCGUCCGUGCCGGAGGAGCCCGCACAGCAGCCCCAACUCGGUGGUGGGCAGUCACCCUACCCUGGAAUGAACAACAACAAUGUAACUCCCAUGCCCGCCGCCAAAGGAAACACCAUUUCAGCGCCCGGAGGAGCAGCGUACCCUGGCAGUGCUGCUGGAUUGUUGGAGACCAAUUUCAGCAACAACAAUUUCGAUCCUCACAAUCAACAGUUGCAUCAGCAGCAGCAGCAGCAGCAUUUAUUAACCUUAGCGUCUGGAAUGACGACGCAGCAACAGCAGCAACAGCACCACCAUCACCACCACCAAGUGCCAGCACCCCAUAUGCACCUGCAUCAGCACCAACACCACCUACAUUCGCAUCAGCCACAGCAGGCCCCGCCAGGCGCUACAGGAACUGCAUCCACAACACCAGUGGGUCACCUCAUCGCUCCGCACAUGAACGGUGGAAAUCUGAUAGCGAACAGCAACACGAACAGCAUGUCCACGAUGGCUACCACUAAUGGAACGGGUUCGAGCGGAAACAUCGCAAACCCGGUUAACGUGCUGACGGACACAUCUUCAAUGUAUCAUAAUAGAUCGCAGAAAUCAUCCCCAACCGGUUCGGAUGGAAUGCACCGGUACCAUCCAAAUAACGCAUAUGCCGGGCAAAUGCCAGGUGCGGUCAACAAUAACUUCCAUGGCCCGGGAGGUCAUCCCCCCACCCUUCCUCCUCCGUUGCACAGCAAACCGACAGCACAGACAUCGAUGCCGGGAGGUGGAAUGGAAGUGCCGCAGUCGAACAACAACCUUGGCCAUCUGGGAGACAGUGCCAAUGGAAACCACUUGCCACCAGGCGCCGGCCAUCAUCACCACCAUCACCACCAUCAUCCGCACGGCAUGGCGUUGAAUGCUUCGGCGGCCACCCAGCAACCCACUGGUGGACAGAUGUCCCCUUCUGGAAUUCACAGUGCCGCGGGCCAUUCGCACGGGCACCAUCACCAGCAACAGCAGACACAGCAACAUCAACAACAACAGCAGCAAACGUUGGCUACCAUGCAAAUGGCCAAUAAUCAGAUGCCAAAUCACCACCAUCUUCACAACCACGGUGCGAAUGCUCACCACCAGAAAAUGCCAUCUCCGUCGUCUAUGUCUUCCGGGACUCCGGCUGCCGCGGGAGCUGGCCCUGGCGCGGGGGUUGCAGAGCAGAACCACCUUUUCACCAGCAACAACGCCAUCAUGAACGCGAAGAGCAACUCGAGAGCGUCGAGCUCGAGCGGUGGGAAUGUCUCGGUAGCCCAGAGUACGGCAUCCACGUCCCAAAGUGGCCAAAGUCAGCCGCCGGUUAAGACCGAGCAAAGACUCACUCACGAGCAGUUCCGUGCUGCUCUACAGAUGGUAGUAUCAGCUGGUGAUCCUCGAGAGAACCUUGAGAAUUACACCAAAAUCGGUGAGGGUUCGACUGGCACCGUUUGCAUUGCGACAGAUAAAUCAACAGGACGGCAAGUAGCGGUAAAACAGAUGGACCUUCGGAAGCAACAACGACGCGAGUUGCUUUUCAACGAGGUCGUCAUCAUGCGCGACUACCACCAUCCGAAUAUCGUGGAAACGUACAGCAGCUUCCUGGUCAACGAUGAGCUAUGGGUCGUGAUGGAGUUCCUGGAGGGCGGUGCGCUGACUGACAUCGUUACCCAUUCGCGUAUGGAUGAGGAACAGAUAGCGACCGUCUGCAAGCAGUGCCUUAAGGCGUUGUCCUAUCUCCAUUCGCAGGGUGUCAUCCAUCGGGAUAUUAAAUCAGACUCGAUUCUGCUCGCCUCCGAUGGGCGGGUUAAGCUGUCUGAUUUCGGUUUCUGCGCUCAAGUGUCCCAAGAGCUGCCGAAGCGCAAGUCCCUUGUUGGCACCCCGUACUGGAUGUCGCCGGAAGUCAUCUCGCGACUACCGUACGGGCCCGAGGUGGACAUCUGGUCGCUUGGCAUCAUGGUUAUUGAGAUGAUCGACGGUGAGCCACCGUUCUUCAACGAACCGCCCCUGCAAGCGAUGAGACGCAUUCGCGACAUGCCGCCGCCAAAGCUGAAAAACUCGCAUAAGGUGUCGAGCAGGCUGCAAAACUUCCUCGACCGGAUGCUAGUGCGCGAUCCUGUGCAGCGUGCCACGGCCGCGGAACUGUUGGCUCACCCGUUCCUGAGACAGGCUGGACCACCUUCGUUGCUGGUCCCGCUGAUGCGUGGUGCACGCCACAGCAAUUGCUGAGAACGCACGAUACUCCGAACGACAAACCAACAAAACUAAUGACAUAACAUUAAGCCAUCGUCAAAAACACUGAGCGCAAAGGACGCACUUGAAAAAAAAACGGUUUGUAUAGUUUUACAUCUGAUUGUUUUCUCGCUUGCAAACAAGAGCAGGGUAAACAUUUUGUUGCAUUUAUCCGUUUAGAAAAUAGUUUCAUUUCCAGCUUUUUAUCUCGUUUUUGGAUGGUUUUGCACUUACAUGUUAAGAAUGUUAAUAUUAAAAUCGCGCUGGUGAACAAUGACAAUGUUGACUGAACUAUUGUCAUCCCAUAUUGAGAUAUACUUUAUAGCGAUUGUGCAAGAACCGAUCGAUUCCAACGAAUUAGAUUCAGGUUGCAAGGUUGUACAGGAAAAUUGACAAACACUGCGCGACACCUGUGUUGAGGGACACUCCUUUCAGCCUUAUACCAUGCUGCCUAUAUGAUCGAUAAUACAUUCCACCAGUAUUCAGCUUACUAUACUAUACUAUUGACCAGAUAAUUUCCUCAGAGUGAUCGGCGCUAGGACUGUUAAAACAUGAUUAUUUUCUGGCCGCUCGAUAGCUAUUGUUAUUGUGUGUGUGUGUAUGUGUAAGUGCGUGUGUAGACUGUAUAAUUAAGUUUUUCUUUCUUAUGUUUCUUUUUUAUGCCUUUCACGAUCUGUUUGUGCUCUUUCAAGCGAGAACAUUAUUUUAAAAUAACUGUUAUAUCAUACGUCUUAACUAUUUUAAAAACAUAGUGUGUAAGCGAGAAAAACACUUCAAGGAUUCCGUCAAAAGACUUUCCAGAACAUCGAGUAUUUUAAACAUUGUAUUUACCUCAGGCUGAACAGGCUGAUACGUCGGUUUAUGCUUAUUACUUAUCAUGAAUUAAAUACAUAAUCGUACACCGUGAUUGAGCAGCUCAAUGUCAUUGGUGUUCGAAAAUCUAGGCGUGUUAAGUAAAAUUAUGUAGGGUUCCGUUCCACAAUCUCAACAAAACUCCAACAUUCAGGGUUCGCCAGUUUCAACCGGAAGCGAAUGAGAACGUUUUUAAAUUGCCUCCCUUUUCGAAAAGACCAAGAGUCAGUGGUGCCUAGAAUCUCCUUCCGGCGGUUACAUUUCCCUCCCUCCGAUGAUAAUAAUAAUGAUGAGUCUCGAGAGGAACGAAGUUCCGUCCAGACUUGUGCCGGCAACGGACCAGUUUAAACGAUCGAUCGAUUCUACUAGACUUGUUCAUAUGUGACAAUACAAAGUAUUAAUAGGAAAUCGGUCACGGAAAAGCAAAUUUUCACAAGAAACGAAAGCACGUGGUCAUGGCCGAUUAAGAGCAGAAGUUAGUGAGCACGUUAUUUUUUUAUGUGUACGAAAUGAAGUUUAAAAUAAAGAGGACAAAUUGAACGCAUACAGUUCGACCGUUUGUA